UGGGGUUUUCCAAUGUAUUCUGGGCCCACUACAUUUUAUAGGACUUUGUUAUAAAUCGUUUCAACUUCUGGCAAAUUUCGGAUACAAGGUAGGAGUAGGACCACUAAAUUAUCUACUGUAUACAAUGGUCAUUAAUUUUUAGACCUAUAACAACACAUUAGUUGUAUUCCCAUUGGUGUAUUGCAAAACUCGGAAGUUAGCAAGUGAGGUUGAAGAAGACACCAGGCCUAGGCCUAUAAUUACAGCUCAUCAAUCAUGAAAUUCAAAAAGACAAUCACUUAACGAAGAGUCUGUGCCUGCAAAGAUGUUCGUAUGCAAGAUGGAUACCAAAAAACGUAACUUAUUUGUUGAACACUACGAUGCUCUGGUGGAUCGUUCUGAACACGUAGAAGUCUUGGAUCGUAAACCUAUCCACGAAUGUAUUGAUUUUGUAUAUUGCAUGUGUAAAAAAAAACUUGCCGACCAGGUUGGUCAGAACAAGGCGGCACUGGAGCCUCGCUCAGCCUGACGAGGUGGAGGCGGGGGUGUAUGGAGAGAAAUUUUGUGGAUUAGGAUCAGCCAAAAUUGUAUUUAUAUUAAAAGAAACAAUAGCAAUAUAAAGCAUAGGCCUAUAACUCAAAGAGAAUACAUUGAUUAUGUGCAUGCAUAGUUUUUAUUCAUAUUUUUGUUCUAGGUACAAGAAUUGGGAAAUAACGAUGAAAAAUUAGUUUUAUAUCUGAAGAUUGUAAAGUAUGUUUCAAAUAUGACCGAUCAUCCGACUUGGACAACUCUCAACAAAAAGCAGAAACAAAAAAUGGAACAGAUAUCUCAAUGGGCUUACAAAAAUGCGAUGCUUGUAAAAAUGAAAAUAAUGCUUAGAUUCACCAAAGGAGGAAAUAUGGAGAACAGCCCCACAGUACACCACUCCAAAUCUCAAAUUUUCUUUGAUGGUAAUCGACUUUCCUCUGGUAGAGUCACGCCCAGACGUGCAAUGGCACCAGAUUUUCAGCCAAUGGGCAUCCAAAUAAACAACACCUCGAGACCUAAAUCAAGUACCCCUACUGCCAAAAGUUGUCCAGAUACCGAAGAAGUUUUGGUUGAUGGUGAUCGGCCACACCCUCAAAUGUGGAGAAGUCUUUCGCAACCAUCAUUGGCGACCAUUCGAGACGAAGACCACCCCUUCUGUUUUGUAUGUGCAAAGGAAGGUCUGGUUGCAAAAAUUAAAUGUACAUGUAAGCUGAAAUGUAACAAACAUACGCAAACCAACGAAACUAAAGGUGCCCAUAAACGAUACGAUGCUCUUCUAUUAUACUAUGAAACUGGGGACGUCAUUGGCUCGAAGCUACUACAACGUCUUACAGAGAACGGUUACACUAUCUGCACUCUCCAGCGAGAAAAUGUACUUGGGGAACAGAUCACUGAAACCUACACAAAAUUGAUUUUAGAUAGUAGGUACGUCAUCGCUGUCGUUUCUGCUGAACUUCUCAAUGAUGCUUUUGCUCUCUGGGUACUUAAUAGGGCAUUUGAUGAGAGCAUCCAGUGUGAUUAUAAUUUUUUGUUGCCAAUUGUUCUAGAUAACUGUGAACUUCCAAAGACCAUGAGAACCAUAGGGUCUCUUAAAGUAUCUAGUAACAACAAUACAAAUAUAGACGAAAUAUAUGAGCGCUUACUUGUCGAUUUCGACCCACAGGUUGAAGGUGCGUCGCCAAGCUGAAGCCAUACACUUCUGACCAUUGCGACUAUCACUUACCUAUUAUCAUAAUUUUAAAAGAUAAUAGGCCUACCAUGGCAUACCAAUGGACACUAUCAACUUUUAUUCAUUCUCACUUUACUAGUAAUAUUAACUGUAUUAGUAACUGUUGUCAAUUUAUAUUAAUAUUGUGAAAUGGUUUACACAAACAAGUGGCCUAGACCAGGUAGUUGUUAUUUAGAUAAAUAACAACUCCCUGUCUAGACCAACCUGCCUUUGAUAGAAUUUCUGAUACAAAAUGAGUCUGUAGCAUAUACUUACGGUGGUGCUGUUACCGAGGGGCAAUGUCUAAAUAUACUAUUUCGUAAAAAGGUGUUUAUAUGUACAGGGGUUUUUAAAUACAAAUGUUUGUAGCUAAUAGGCCUAAACAAUUAAACUGUGUGCUGUAAAUAACAAAAUGUAUCGUUUAAAGUAAGGCAGAUUUAUUCUUCAAUUUUAAGAUAAUUUUUUUUAAAUUACUUAGGUCGUUUUUGAUUUGUUUUGAUUUAUUUAUUUAUUAUUUAUGUUUUGGUUUCCUAUUUUUUCAUUGCUUCUUUUAAAUUUAUGAAUUUAAUGAUAGUUAUGAAUUGCAAUUGUUGGAUUAAUAGUCAUGAGAGAUAAACAAAAAUUAUUAUUAAUCCCUACUUCGGUAGUAUUACUGGUUUUUGCUGUUUAUUUUGUAUAUACUUGUCAAGGCCAUAGGAAGCGGUCCGGCUGGUAUUUAGUCCAGUCAGUCUACGAAAAAAAUGGGUAAACCCGGAACAAAUUGCAAUAGUAAUUUUUUUUUUAUUAUUUACCAUUUUAUUCAUUUAAUCAUACAUUACAUUUAAAAUGAAAAUAAACAAAAACAAUUAAAUAAGUGCCCUUCUUUUCAAUACUUACGAGUAGUAUACAUAACAACAUUGAAAAUUUUUAUAAAUUCUUUUACUAGUGAAAAUAUAAUAUUGUAUUUCAUAUUCAAAACUUGUACCAUUACGUUAGGUGAACUAUUUAUAUACCAGAAGCCAGGGUAAGGCCAUGACUUGAAACAUUUAAAUAUUCAUUAUUUAUUUGAAGCUUUGAA